GUCGCGUCCCCUUCCUGCUCAACCUCCCCGGCUCCGGGGAGCACGUGCGCGGCGAGCUCUACGCCGUCUCCGCGCGCGGCCUCGCCCGCAUGGACGAGCUCGAGGGCACGUGCCGGGGUCAUUAUGAGAGGUUGCCCGUCAAGAUCGCGAUGGUCGGGGAGGACGUCCCCUUCCUGCUCAACCUCCCCGGCUCCGGGGAGCACGUGCGCGGCGAGCUCUACGCCGUCUCCGCGCGCGGCCUCGCCCGCAUGGACGAGCUCGAGGGCACGUGCCGGGGUCAUUAUGAGAGGUUGCCCGUCAAGAUCGCGAUGGUCGGGGAGGAGGAGGUCGAGAUCGAGGCGGGAAGGAGCGGGGAGAGGGGAUUCGGGGCUUUCACGGAGAAGGAGGCGAUGGGAUACGUUAAGCGUAAAGAUAGGCCGCAGGACAUCACGUUUCUUGAUCAGAUUCGGAUCUUCGUUGAAUCGCAGUAAUUAUUAUUGAAUCGGAUUGGAUUAUUAAUUAACAAUUGAUUAUCGUGGUGGUGAUUUUGUUGAUCGCCCGGGGCCUGUUGUGUUUUUUCUUUAAAAUUGAGGUUGGGCCGUUUUGUGUAUGGGUCACUGUAAACGCUGGAAUUGUUGGCAUAAUAUAACUAUGGAAAGAUUGUGGACUGAUGUGAUAAAUAUAUCUUAGUUUUUGA